AUGGCUGCCGGCGCUGGCUGGCUCGCUCGCUUAUGCCAUGCUGGGCCGGCGCGGCUCCGGCAGCCGUGUGUGCACCCAUAUCCGGGUUAGAGAGGAAAGGAGGAAAAAAAAAAAAAAAAGAAAAAAAAAGUUUCAUUUAAACCUGAACAAAAAACUUUCACCAUGAAAUCACACAGCAGGAACAGGCACAGACCGUAAGGCGUUCUUACCAUUUCUAAUCUCAAUCACGGACUCGGGGAGGGAAAUUUCUGCAAUUUGGUGCGUGCGGAGCGGUCCGCAGGGUAUACUCUUGGCUCGGUCAAGUCCCUUCCCCGGCCGCUUCUUUUUCUGCCCCUGUCCCUCCCCCCACCCCUACUCGCCCCCCUUUUUUUGAGGCUGGGGGUAGACUUUUUUUUCCUUUUCUUUUUUUUCUUUUUUUUUUUUAAUAGUUAACUAUUAUCAGUUCUAAUUUCUCCGGACUCGCAAUGUUGCGAUGAUCAUGGCCGCGCAAGUCGCAGCGGCUCCGGCGGGUGCAAACAGCAAGGGCAAAGCCCCGAGCCUGCCGGGCGGCCUGGGCCCGGAGCGGGGCCCAGGGGGGGCUGGGGCCGCCACCGCCGCGGGGGCUUCAGGGCCAGGCCCCGCGCUAGGGGUCGGAGAGGGGAGUCCGGCCGGCGGCAGCAACAACAGCAGCAGCGUGAAUAAUGUAGAUCACCAUCUCCUCCACCACCACAGCGAGCCGCUGAACAUGGCCAAUAACGCGGCUCCCGCCGCUGCCGCCGGUAACAACAACGCCAGCGGCAGCGGCGGCGGCGGCUCCUCCUCGGAGCCGACUCUGAAGGAAGGUGGAAGCUCCUCGGCGUUAUCUUCAUCUUCUUCGUCUUCUUCCUCCUCCUCCUCCUCCUCCUCCAACCCGGGCUCGGCCAUGGAGACGGGGCUGCUCCCCAACCACAAGCUGAAGAGCGUCGGAGGCGAUCACCCCGCCGCGCCGCCCCACCACCACCAUGCCCACCACCCGCAUCACCAUGCCCACCACCACCAUGCCCACCACCCGCACCACCACCACCAUGCACUACAGCAGCAGCUAAAUCAAUUCCCGCCGCCGCCGCCGCAGCAGCCGCCGCCUCAGCACCAUCCCGUGCAGAAUAACAACAGCAGCCUCGGCGGCGGCAGCGGCAGCAACAACAACGGCGGUGGCGGUGGCGGCGCUGCUCAGCCCAGUGCAGACAUGGAGCAGCAGCAACAUGGAGGAAAAGACAGUGUUUUGGGCGCUCAGGCCGAGCCCCCCCAGCAGCCGCAGCAAAUGCUGAAUAAAGGCGCCGACGAGGAGGAGAUGCCCGGCAAGAUGGGCGAGCCCAUCGGCGGCCGCUACGAUCACCCCGGCUUGGGACCCCUGGGCGGACAGCAGCAGCCCCAGCAGCCGCCCCCGAGCGCUGGGAGCGGCGGAGGCGGCGGCCCCUCCGCGGUGGGUGUCUCGGAGUUCAAUAGCUAUUAUGGCAACGCUGCCCCUGCCCCUGCCAGCAGCGCUACGGCGAGCCGCGCCGGGCCUUGCUUUGAUCAACAUGGCGGACAACAAAGCCCCGGGAUGGGGAUAAUGCACCCCACGGCGGCCCCCAACAGCAUGGACCCCCUGCAAAACUCCCACGAAGGUUACCCCAACAGCCAGUACAACCACUAUCCGGGCUACGGCCGCGGCGCGGGCGGCGGCGGCGGCGCGGGAGCCGUGGCGGCGGCGGCGGCGGCCGCUGGGGCAGGCGGCGGCGGCUACGGGGGCUCCGCGGCGGGCUACGGGGUGCUGAGCUCCCCGCGGCAGCCGGGCGGCGGCAUGAUGAUGGGCCCUGGCGGCGGGGCCGGCCUCGGCAAGGCUGCUGCUGGCGCGGCGGCGGCGGCCGGCGGCUUCGCACGGUUCUCCGGGCAGAACCAGCACCCGUCCGGGGCCACCCCUACCUUGAACCAGCUGCUCACGUCCCCCAGCCCCAUGAUGCGGAGCUACGGCAGCAGCUACCCUGACUACAGCAGCCCCAGCGCUCCGCCGCCACCGCAGCCCCAGCCCCAGGCAGCGGCGGCCGCCCCGGGAAGCCAGCAGGCAGCGGCGGGCAUGGGCAUGGGCAAGGACAUGGGCGCCCAGUACGGAGCGGCAAACCCGGCCUGGGCAGCGGCACAACAAAGGAAUCACCCGGCGAUGAGCCCCGGGAACACCGGACAGGCCAUCAGCAGGACCCAGGGCAGUCCAAUGGAUCCAAUGGUCAUGAAGAGACCUCAGCUGUACGGCUUGCCCAAUAAUCCUCACUCUCAGGCACAGCAGAGCAGCCCCUACCCUGGGCAGUCCUACGGCCCUCCAGGCGCCCAGCGCUACCCCGUGGGAAUGCAGGGCCGGGCCCCAGCAGCCAUGGGAGGAAUGCAGUAUCCACAGCAACAGAUACCACCUCAGUAUGGUCAGCAAGGUGUGAGUGGCUACUGCCAGCAGGGCCAGCAGCCGUACUACAACCAGCAGCCGCAGCCUCAGCACCUGCCGCCGCAGGCACAAUACCUGUCACAGGCUCAGCAGAGGUACCAGGCUCAACAGGACAUGUCUCAGGAAGGCUAUGGAACCAGAUCUCAACCUGCUAUGGCCCCAGGAAAGCCUAACCAUGAAGACUUGAAUCUAAUCCAGCAAGAAAGACCAUCGAGCUUACCAGAUUUGUCUGGAUCCAUUGACGACUUGCCGACUGGAACUGAAGCAACCCUGAGCUCAGCUGUUAGCGCAUCAGGCUCUACGAGCAGCCAAGGGGAGCAGAGCAACCCUGCACAGUCUCCAUUCUCCCCUCAUGCUUCUCCACAUCUCUCCAGCAUCCCUGGGGGCCCAUCGCCUUCCCCUGUAGGCUCUCCCGUUGGAAGCAAUCAGUCGAGAUCUGGUCCCAUUUCUCCAGCGAGUAUUCCAGGCAGUCAGAUGCCACCGCAGCCUCCUGGCAGCCAGUCAGAAUCCAGCUCCCACCCUGCUUUGAGCCAGUCACCAAUGCCACAGGACCGAGGUUUUAUGGCAGGCAUACAGAGGAACCCCCAAAUGUCACAGUAUGGCCCUCAGCAAACUGGACCUUCCAUGUCACCACACCCCUCACCUGGAGGCCAAGUGCAUCCUGGAAUCAGUAGCUUUCAGCAGAGUAAUUCAAGUGGUACUUAUGGGCCACAGAUGAGCCAGUAUGGACCACAAGGAAACUACUCCAGACCACCAACAUACAGCGGUGUACCCAACACAAGUUACAGUGGCCCGGGACCUGGCAUGGGCAUAAACACCAACAGUCAGAUGCAUGGACAGGGGCCAAACCAGCCUUGUGGUACCAUGCCCCUGGGACGGAUGCCAUCAGCUGGGAUGCAGAGCAGACCAUUUCCUGGAAACAUGAGCAGUAUGACCCCCAAUUCUCCUGGCAUGUCUCAGCAGGGAGGCCCCGGGAUGGGCCCACCCAUGCCAAGUGUGAACCGUAAGGCACAGGAGGCGGCUGCUGCAGUGAUGCAAGCUGCUGCAAACUCCGCUCAGAGCAGGCAAGGCAAUUUUCCUGCCAUGAAUCAGAGUGGUAUCAUGGGAUCCAGCUCCCCCUACACUCAGCCGAUGAACAACAGCUCUGGCUUGAUGAACCCGCAGGCUCCUCCUUACAGCAUGGCACCUAACAUGGUGAACAGUUCAACAGCACCUAUGGGUCUUGCAGAUAUGAUGACACCCGGUGAGUCCAAACUACCCCUUCCUCUCAAAGCAGAUGGCAAAGAAGAAGGACCCCCGCAACCCGAGAGCAAGUCAAAGGAUAGCUACAGCUCUCAGGGUAUUUCUCAGCCCCCAACCCCAGGCAACCUGCCAGUCCCUUCCCCAAUGUCCCCAAGCUCUGCUAGCAUCUCCUCAUUUCAUGGAGAUGAAAGUGAUAGCAUUAGCAGCCCAGGCUGGCCAAAGACUCCAUCAAGCCCUAAAUCAAGUUCCUCUACCACAACUGGAGAGAAGAUCACUAAAGUCUAUGAGCUAGGAAACGAGCCGGAGCGCAAGAUGUGGGUAGAUCGGUACCUCACGUUCAUGGAGGAGAGAGGCACCCCUGUGGCCAGUUUGCCAGCUGUGGGCAAGAAGCCCCUGGACCUGUUCAGGCUCUACGUCUGCGUCAAAGAGAUUGGAGGUUUAGCACAGGUUAAUAAAAACAAGAAGUGGCGUGAGCUGGCAACCACCUUGAACGUUGGCACUUCAAGCAGCGCAGCUAGCUCCCUGAAAAAACAAUACAUUCAGUACCUUUUUGCCUUCGAGUGCAAGAUCGAGCGAGGGGAGGAGCCCCCUCCAGAAGUCUUCAGCACUGGAGAUACUAAGAAACAACCUAAGAUUCAGCCGCCAUCUCCUGCUAAUUCUGGUUCCUUGCAAGGCCCACAGACUCCACAAUCAACUGGUAGUAAUUCCAUGACAGAAGUACCAGGAGAUUUGAAGCCCCCAACACCAGCAUCAACACCUCACGGACAGAUGACACCUAUGCAGGGUGGCAGAAACAGCACAGUUAGUGUGCAUGAUCCCUUUUCUGAUGUAAGUGAUUCAGCAUUCCCAAAGCGAAACUCCAUGACGCCAAAUGCACCGUACCAGCAGGGAAUAAACAUGCCAGAUAUGAUGGGAAGGAUGCCAUAUGAGCCGAAUAAAGAUCCUUUUGGUGGAAUGAGAAAAGUGCCUGGAAGCAAUGAGCCUUUCAUGACCCCUGGACAAAUGCCUAACAGUGGAAUACAAGAUAUGUAUAACCAGAGUCCAUCUGGAGCAAUGUCCAACAUGAGCAUGAGCCAGAGACAGCAGUUCCCUUAUGGAAGUGGCUAUGACAGGAGGCAUGAACCGUAUGGGCAACAGUAUCCAGGACAAGGACCUCCCUCAGGACAGCCACCAUAUGGAGGACAUCAACCUGGAAUGUAUCCACAGCAGCAGAACUACAAGCGACAUAUGGAUGGCAUGUAUGGGCCUCCAGCCAAGCGCCAUGAAGGGGAUAUGUAUAACAUGCAGUAUGGCAACCAGCAGCAGGAAAUGUAUAACCAGUACAGCAACGCUUACACGGGGCCUGACAGGAGGCCCAUGCAGGGACAGUAUCCAUAUCCAUACAACAGGGAGAGGAUGCAGGGCCCAGGACAAAUGCAGCAGCAUGGAAUACCUCCCCAGAUGAUUGGUGGCCCCAUGCAGUCGUCAUCCUCCAGCGAAGGUCCUCAGCAGAACAUGUGGCCAACACGAAAUGAUAUGCCUUACCCUUACCAGAAUAGGCAAGGUCCAGGAGGCCCUGCACAGGCCCCACCGUAUCCAGGGAUGAAUCGCACUGAUGAUAUGAUGGUACCUGACCAGAGGAUAAACCACGAGAGUCAGUGGCCUUCUCAUGUCAACCAACGUCAGCCUUCUUAUAUGUCAUCCUCAGCCUCCAUGCAGCCUAUCACUAGACCUCCUCAGUCAUCCUACCAGACGCCACCCUCUAUGCCAAACCACAUCUCUAGAGCUCCAAGUCCAGCAUCCUUCCAGCGUUCUUUGGAAAACCGUAUGUCUCCAAGCAAGUCUCCUUUCCUACCUUCCAUGAAGAUGCAAAAGGUUAUACCCACAGUUCCAGUGUCACAGGUCACAGGACCUCCACCCCAACCACCACCAAUUAGGCGAGAAAUUACCUUCCCCCCAGGCUCUGUAGAAGCAUCCCAACCAGUCUUAAAACCAAGGCGAAAGAUUACCUCAAAAGAUAUUGUAACUCCUGAGGCCUGGAGAGUGAUGAUGUCUCUUAAAUCUGGUCUUUUGGCUGAAAGUACCUGGGCGCUAGACACUAUUAAUAUUCUUCUGUAUGAUGACAGCACUGUUGCUACUUUCAACCUCUCUCAGUUGUCUGGAUUUCUUGAGCUUUUAGUAGAAUAUUUUAGAAAAUGCCUAAUUGACAUUUUUGGGAUCCUUAUGGAAUAUGAAGUGGGAGAUCCAGGCCACAAAGCACUUGAUCACAAAGCAGCCAAGAAAGAUGACAGCCAGUCCUUGGCCGAGGAUACUGGAAAAGAGGAGAACGACGAAUGUACUGACUAUUUUGAUGAAGACGAGGAGGAGGGGGAGGAUGAAAAAGUAGAAGGAGAAGAAAAGAGCAUUGUUUUUUCCACUCCUGGUGCCAUUGCUGAUCCAAGUGAGAGGCCAAAACAAGCCAGUAAAUUUGACAAGCUGCCAAUAAAGAUUGUAAAGAAAAAUAAUCUCUUUGUCGUUGACCGAUCUGACAAACUUGGACACGUUCAGGAAUUUGAUAGUGGACUUCUCCACUGGCAGCUUGGUGGUGGUGACACAACUGAGCACAUCCAGACUCACUUUGAAAGCAAGAUGGAGAUUCCUCCGCGCAGGAAAGCCCCUCCUCCCUUGAACUCUCCAAGCAAAAAGAAGGACCUCGAGGGGAAAGGCGAAUCUGAGGAACAACAAGAAAAAAGUAUAACAGCGACCAUUGAUGAUGUCCUCUCAGCUCGACCAGGAGCGUUGCCUGAAGACUCAAACUCUGGCUCCCAACCGGAGAGCAGUAAAUUUCCGUUUGGGAUCCAUCAAGCCAAAAGCCACCGGAAUAUUAAACUGCUAGAGGAUGAGCCAAGGAGCCGGGAUGAGACUCCUCUAUGCACCAUAACUCACUGGCAAGACUCCUUGGCCAAACGCUGCAUCUGUGUGUCAAAUAUCGUCCGUAGCUUGUCUUUUGUGCCUGGCAAUGACACCGAAAUGUCCAAACAUCCAGGCUUGGUGCUGAUCCUGGGAAAGCUGAUCCUUCUUCACCAUGAGCAUCCAGAAAGAAAACGAGCGCCACAGACUUACGAGAAAGAGGAAGAGGAGGACAAAGGGGUGGCCUGCAGCAAGGAUGAGUGGUGGUGGGACUGCCUCGAGGUCUUGAGGGAUAAUACAUUGGUCACAUUAGCCAACAUUUCUGGGCAGCUAGACUUGUCUGCUUACACGGAAAGCAUCUGUUUGCCAAUUUUGGAUGGCUUGCUGCACUGGAUGGUGUGCCCGUCUGCGGAGGCACAGGAUCCUUUUCCAACCGUGGGGCCCAACUCGGUUCUUUCGCCUCAGAGACUUGUGCUGGAGACCCUGUGUAAGCUCAGCAUCCAGGACAAUAAUGUGGACCUUAUCUUGGCCACCCCCCCAUUCAGUCGUCAGGAGAAACUCUACGCUACUUUAGUUAGGUACGUCGGGGACCGCAAAAACCCGGUCUGCCGAGAAAUGUCCAUGGCGCUCCUAUCGAACCUUGCCCAGGGGGACACGUUAGCAGCAAGGGCAAUAGCUGUGCAGAAGGGAAGCAUCGGAAACUUGAUAAGCUUCCUGGAGGAUGGGGUCACUAUGGCCCAGUACCAGCAGAGCCAGCAUAACCUCAUGCACAUGCAGCCUCCGCCCCUGGAGCCGCCCAGCGUAGACAUGAUGUGCAGGGCGGCCAAGGCCUUGCUGGCCAUGGCGAGAGUGGACGAGAACCGCUCCGAGUUCCUUUUGCACGAGGGUCGUUUGCUGGAUAUCUCAAUAUCUGCUGUCCUGAACUCUCUGGUUGCAUCUGUCAUCUGUGAUGUACUUUUUCAGAUCGGGCAGUUAUGACACAAGUGAGAAGCCAAGCAUGUGUGAGUGGAGAUUAGAGGGUCACAUAUAACUGGCUGUUUUCUGUUCUUGUUUAUCCAACGUAGGAAGAAGGAAAAAAGAAAAAAAAAAAAACAAAAAAAGAAUCUUUGCUCCUCUGCCCCAUUCACUAUUUACCAAUUGGGAAUUAAAGAAAUUAUUAAUUUGAACAGUUAUGAAAUUAAUAUUUGCUGUCUAUGUGUAUAAGUACAUCUUUUUAUUUUAUUUUUUUUUAACCAAAGUUGCUGUCUAGUACAUUCAAAGGUCACACUUUUGGGUUUUUUUUCCUCCAUAGAUUAUCCUUUUCAACGUUCUUUUCCAUGUUUGUAUUUGCAUAUUUUUUGGGAAGCGAACUAGUGACUUCUUAAAAGCGGAAAAAAAAGUUAACGGCAAACCAUUGUACGAUGGAAACAAAAUCUCACCACUCGGAAACAAAAAGGUGAAAAAUAACCAACAUACCAAGUUCCUGUGUGUUUUAUUUUUUCAGAUAAGGAAAAAAUAAUUUAAAAAAAAACAAACAAACAAACAAAACUUGUAUUACCAUCACCCAAAGCUCUGUGCAAUAGAAGAUUCUAGUGAUGUAGGUGUAGGGGAUCAAGGAGGGCGUCAGUCAGUAGUCAAAAUGCAAAACGACACUGGUUUCUCCUCGGGAGAAAUGGUUACAUUAGGCUAGGAGCAAAACAAAACAAAAAGAGUCAAGUCGAAAGAUUUUUAAACAAAACCUGAUGACAAACAUCAAUUGCUUCCUCACCGGAACUGUCUUGUCUACAUCUGUUUUUUUUGACCUUCCGCGAUGACAGUUCUUCACAAUUCCUUUCAUCAUUUUUUAAAGUAUUUUUUUAUUGCCUAAGGGCCGUGAUGUAUAUAGAAGUUGUACAUUAAACAUACCCUCAUUAUUUUGGUUUUUUUUUUUUUUU